AUGAGUGGUGCCGUGAACUUUAAAAAGUGCGGCUCUGUGCUGGUAACGGGAGCCAGCCGAGGUCUCGGGCUGCAGAUAGUCGACAGCCUGGCGCGUGGAUGUUUCUCACCCGGCAAGAUAGUAGCCACGACCAGGAACCCCGCGAGCACGCAAAAACUUCAGGAACUGGCAGAGAAACAUCCCAACAUCCACAUCAUCACUUUGGGUAAGGCAGAGAAGAACCAUGACGUAGUGAGCCAGGAGAGCAUAGAGAAGUCUGUGGAGGAGGUCGGCCAGCUCGUACAGGAAGAGGGUCUCAACUGCCUGAUCAACAAUGCGGGCAUCAACGUGGUGGCCGACUUUCAAACCGUUACUGCAGAGAUGAUGAUCGAAAACUUCCACACCAAUGCUGUGGCUCCUCUAAUGAUCACCAAGGCCUUCCAGCCUCUGUUGAAACGAGCUGCGUCUAGAGGAGGAGCCGGUGGAACAGGCAGCAUGGGCAUCCAGAGGGCAGCGGUCAUUAACAUGACGUCUCUGCUGGGUUCUGUGGAGCUCAACUGGGGCGAACGGGCCAACAACUUAAAGUGGUACCCCUACAGGACGUCCAAGAGCGCCCUGAACAUGGUGAGUCGCUGUAUGGCUGUGGACCUGGAGCCUGAUGGGAUUCUCUGUAUGGCGAUACAUCCCGGCUGGGUCCGCACUGACAUGGGGGGUUCUGAGGCUCCACUGAGUCCAGAGGAGAGCGUUUCAUCCCUCCUGUCUGUGAUUGGUGGACUGACUGAAAAGGAUCACGGGUCAUUUCUGAACUUUACAGGAGAGAGUUUGCCGUGGUGA